AGCAAGUAUGACGACAACGAAUGACGUUUUUGAGUAAUUUGUGUGUGGACAUAAUUUAAAACAUCUUAACAAUACAAUAGGUUCAUAACGACGGUUCAUCCAUUAGGCAAAGUUUGUAUUUUUUGAACCAAUAACGUUUUUUUGUUAUAAGUGGAAACUUCCACAAUAGAGAAAUACCCACUUUGGUAUGACUUUGUUAAAGCUGUGUGCCAUGUUGGCAGUCACUGUGGUGAUAUUGUCCACAAGUUGCAACGCUGAUAAAGGAAAAUGCAAGAAGUCGUGUCUAUAUGGCACUCUUGAUGAGAGUACCUGCGAAUGUAAAUGUGAGGAACUGUGGAGAGGAACUCUGUGUGAUGACUGCACCUUGAUUUGUAGAAAUAAUGGCUGUCUUCGUGAUGGUAGGUGCGAGUGUGUCUGUGACCACUAUUGGACUGGACAAACAUGUGAAGUAUGCAGCUUAACAUGUGUACAUGGCUAUGUGGACAAUGAAACUUGCACAUGCGUUUGUGAGGGCAACUGGGCUUUUGAUCAAUGUGAUUUUUGCAAUCAGUGGUGUUACAAUGAUGGCACGAUUAACAAGGAUUAUUGCAGGUGUGACUGUCGUCCGAACUUUUAUGGAUCUCAGUGCGAUACCGUACCGGAUUACUGGUUUGGAACAGAGGAUGAGGCUGGUGGUUUAGGUUUGGGUACUAUAGUGGUGAUUGUUGUGGCUUCAUUGGUCACCGUCUCGACCGCUGUGCCUUUGGUCGUGUACUUCAGGAACAAACGGAAUACAAAAGAUGAGAGGUCAGAACCUAACAGAAGAGCCAAACGCCAAGCUGAUAACCCUUCCUUCUCGGUUUAGUACUUUAAUAAUGAAGACAAAAAGAUAAUUCACCUGCAAUUUAACAGUGUUUUCAUGUGAAUUUUUUUUCACAAAUUUAAAAGUUUUGUUUUGUUUAAUUACACUACUGCCUGGAGCAUAUUAAUCAUCAGCUAUAAUUUUUACACAGUCGUCGAGGAAACCUGUUACAGUUUCACAUUAGCAUCAAGGGAUCUUUUAUUUGCACUUUCCAGCAAAUAAGAUUAGACUUUGAUGAUAAAAUAUUUUCUAAUUGUUUUUUUAGCUUGUAAUUCUCAUAUUCACAUAUAUGGCAUGUAAGGUCAAGGUCAUAUUGAACUGGGUUUAUAGUUGCUAAUAACAUUCAAAUCCUUUGAUGAAUAGCUAAUAAUUACAAUGUCAUCUUAAUGGUGCCUGUUUUGUAUGAAUAUAUUUUAAUAAACAUAGAUUAGAUUAGAUAAAGAUGGCACCAAAAUUGGUUAAAAGCCAUGGUAUGUGCUUCCUGUAUGCGGCUAAGUGCAUAUAAAAGACCCCUUGCUGCUUACGGAAAAUGUAGUGGGUUUUCUCUGACGAGUCGGAAUUACCAAAUGUUUGACAUCCAGUAGCCAAUGAUUAGUUAAUCAAUGUGCUCUUGUUCUGUUGUUAAACAAAACAAAUUUUAACUUAACAUAAAAAUGGUUUACCUUUUACCUUUUGUAAUAGUGAGAUGUCACUAGAUCUGUGUUGGCCACAAUGAACUGUUAACUAGUGUUAAUGUCCUAACAAAUACGUACUAGAACUAGUGAGAUGUCACUAGAUCCGAGUUGGCCACAAUGAACUGUUAACUAGUGUUAAUGUCCUAACAAAUACGUACUAGAAAUAGUGAGAUGUCACUAGAUCCGAGUUGGCCACAAUGAACUGUUAACUAGUGUUAAUGUCCUAACAAAUACCUACUAGAAAUGGUGAGAUGUCACUAGAUCCGAGUUGGCCACAAUGAACUGUUAACUAGUGUUAAUAUCCUAAAAAAUACGUACUAGAAAUAGAGAGAUGUCACUAGAUCCGAGUUGGCCACAAUGAACUGUUAACUAGUGUUAAUGUCCUAACAAAUACCUACUAGAAAUGGUGAGAUGUCACUAGAUCAGAGUUGGCCACAAUGAACUGUUAACUAGUGUUAAUAUCUUCUAACAAAUACGUACUAAAAAUAGUGAGAUGGCAGAAGAUCUUCUUUGUGAAGGUCAUAUUGAACUUGGUUUAUAAUUGCUAAUAACAUUCGAAUCCUUUGAUUGAUUGCUAAUAUUUAUGUUGUUACACUUUGUUGUUUCCCCCAGUUUGACGUUUAUUUUUCAACUAUACCUUUCAAAUUAAUAGUGCAUGUUGUUUUUCAUGAAUAUAUUUCAAUAAACAUAAUAUGUUAUUAGA